GGUUUUAGAACCUUACGCAAUCUCGGUUUCCGGGCGGAAGGGGCGGUGCUCGUCUUGCGUCAUAAGCCAGCGCCGGAAGUUGACAGCGACGCUGCGUAUUGGGAGCAGAUGCGGAGUUCCUCCGUGCUACGCAGGGACCGACAAUGGACGCCCAGAAAGACGUUCAGCCCCCGAAGCAGCAGCCAAUGAUAUAUAUUUGUGGAGAAUGUCACACCGAAAAUGAAAUAAAAUCCAGGGAUCCAAUCAGAUGCAGAGAAUGUGGAUACAGAAUAAUGUACAAGAAAAGGACAAAAAGAUUGGUGGUCUUUGAUGCGCGUUGAAAUGUGCAUUCAGAGGAAUAUCUUCAUUUGUACUUGCAUUUGCUGUUAAUGUUUCUCAUUGUACGGCUUUGGUUUAGCAUCUUUUUGAACUACAUAUGAUUUCAUUUUUGAACCAUAUUGUAUUUAGGUAUCUUUUAAUGUAAAGAAGUUAAAUUACAUGACUUAUAAUUUAAUUUUAUUGUUUAUGUAAUGUGACACAAAUGAACAUUAAAAUUACUUUCUUAAACUAUACUUGCAAUCAGAACCUAGAAUCAUCUGGGGUCCUUGUGAAAAAUGCAGAUUUUUAGAGCCCUCUGAAAGUCUAAUUAAAUAAAUUCCUUGGAAAUCA